UUUUUGGCAUUUCACGAGGAAGGGGAUUGGCAUUUCGAAGAGACGCUGGAGAAAAGGAAGGGGGGUUGGGGGGAGAAAAGAGAGGCAAAUCUGGUUAUCCAGAUAUGUCCACGUUCCCAAGCAACGGCUCGUGUCUGUAGGCAAAAAAUAUCUGGAAGAUCGAGAAGUUCUCACACUUUCAUUAGCAAGCCAUGUCUUCCUCAAUCAUGCAACAAGUCCGAGUAUAAUCGUCGCCACCAUCAUGGAAGCAGGAACUUUUUGCCACUGCCGGUAAUCGAGGAGCAACCUUCUCAGUGUGGGGAUGGACGCAAUCCCGCUUAACGACUGGGAAGACGUCUCGGGAACGCCGUUCCCCCCUUCAUCCGACGCACUCCCCCUUCAGUCUCCGGCGCCACCACGACCACUAUACGACGAGAAGUGCUGUAUCUUCCCCCCGCGAGAUCAUGAAGGCCUCCCCAUAAUGGCGAUGCACCAUCCUCCCAGUUCGGACCAGCCGCAGGCAGAACCAGGGCGCGACGAGGGAGAGGAUGGUUCAGGAGGCGAUGGGACGCUCUUCCCACAGGUGAGAGUAAGGCUGUUGUGGGCGAGGAAGGUCCUAAGCCUAGCGGUGCGCUUUCUCUGGUGGAGGAUUCGGAAGCUGUACUCGAUUCUACGUGGGGACUGGCGCUUUCCUGUUACUUUGGCUUCUUUUCCCAUGGUCCCUGCGGGCUCUGCAUUGGCGCUGGCGGCGUUGCUGCUGCUCACCACUCGGCAACGCUAUUGGAGAGGAGUUUGGAGGCAGAACGCCACCCUCCUCCUUCGGAUUCAGGAAAAAGACCAGGAAAUACGCCAGUUGCGCCUUAUGCUUUCCCAAACUAAAGAAGCGUCAAGAAGCUUUCGGUUGAUGGUGCUACUCAUCUUGGCGCAAUUCUUUUGUGAAGGCUCUGAUGCAAAGGUCGGAAAAUGUUCUGGCAAGGUUGAUUGCAUAUUCAAAUUGAAAUCUUGUAUCAUAUUAAUAGUGAUGGUAAGUAUGAUAAGAUGGAGAGAUCAGUUACGAAAUAUAGAUUAAUAAACCAGCAUAAUCUUUGCUUGCUCA